AGUGGUCUACGUACGUCUCCUCGCCGCUCCUCGCCCUCCUUGAUCCUCCCGGCCGAGAAUCCCCAAUCGUAAGAAAGUAGACAGACUUUGGGGAGAUCGUAGACUAUUGAAUGUGUAUUCACAAUUUACCGUCUAUUAUAUAAAUUCACCUAUUCAACGAUGUGCAUAUUGCUAUGGCAUUUACGUGUAAAUAAAUUUGUGUGUAUAAUUUGGACAUCUAGGCACCAACUAUGAAGAUAAAUACAGCUUAAUAGAACAGGGAACAGAGUGGAACAAAGGCCAAUCACAGCUGUUGCAAAUAACCAUCAUCGAUGCAUACAUCCCUCCAUCGUGCAGCACCUUAGUCAGCAUUGAGUAUGGUGCCAGCUGUAUGCAUGUACAUCACACUACCAUCAGAGUAUAAAUAGGACCCAGCCAAGUUAGCAUUCCAUGUGCCACGUUCACAACGUUUGACAACCAUCCAUUAGGCAUGAGAGUAUCGUGAUUAAUUAAUGAACACAUUAUUUGCGAAUCAACACUGGAUCAUAGGCAUUGUUCAGUUCAUCACAAAAAACUGAACUGAAUUUUGUUCGAGGAGUGGUGAUAUUACAAGCAAACUCCUCUGGACUUAUCUUCUUCCCACUAUGGACAUCUUUCAUGCAUCCUAUGUCAAAGAUCGAAUGAGGACUUACUCAUCGCUCUCUUAGGUAUGCAUGUCAUGGCGAUAAGAAGGACAUCUUAACAGCAUACAUUAAAACUCUUGUUUGAAAGUGCACUUUUCAAGUUAGAAUUUCACGAUGAACCAGUAUCAGCUUCAAAAGCAACUGGGAGAUGGAACGUAUGGGAGUGUUCUUCUCGGCUGUAGGUUCGAUAAUGGAGAGAAAGUCGCCAUCAAAAAAAUGAAAAAGAAGUUUUAUUCAUGGAAUGAAUGCAUGGAUCUGAGAGAGGUCAAGUCUCUGAAAAAGUUGAACCAUGCAAACAUUGUCAAGUUGAAGGAAGUGGUUCGAGAAGACAACAUCCUUUAUUUUGUGUUUGAGUACAUGCAAGAGAAUCUUUAUGAACUAAUGAAAGGAAGGGUUAAAUUAAUAGCGGAACCAGUUAUCAGGAAUAUUGUAUACCAAAUUCUCCAAGGACUAGCGUACAUCCACAAAAAUGGUUUCUUCCACCGAGACAUGAAGCCUGAGAAUCUGUUAUGCUGUGGACCUGAACUCAUUAAGAUUGCUGACUUUGGUCUAGCGAGAGAGACCAGGUCCCGCCCUCCGUACACAGACUACGUGUCAACAAGAUGGUAUCGAGCACCAGAGGUCCUACUACGCUCCACCAAAUACAGCUCACCCAUUGACAUGUGGGCGGUAGGAUGUAUCAUGGCUGAGCUUUAUACGUUAAGACCUCUAUUCCCUGGUAGUAGUGAGGUAGAUGAGAUAUUCAAGAUCACUACGAUAUUGGGCACCCCUAAGAAGGAGGAAUGGGUGGAGGGAUACAGGUUAGCAUCCCAGAUGAACUUCAAGUUUCCUCAAUGCGUAGCCAUGCCACUCAAGACAAUCAUACCCAACGCAAGUCCCGAAGCUCUUCAACUCAUACGUGACAUGCUUGCCUGGGAUCCCCAGAAGAGACCCACGGCAGCACAAUGUCUGAAAUACAAGUACUUUCAAGUUGGUGUAGGUGAGCUAGGUGCCAAAGUUCAGCCGUCCACUCGACAACAGCAGCAUCCGAAUCAAUUACUACAAAGGGAAGCACCCAAUCAAAGUUCUGCGAAGAGGAGAGUCGUAGCGGAACAGAAACCAGCACAAAGCCCUCCCCCCAAAGUGCAACCUAAGAAGGAAAAUGCCCCUCCCAAGGACAGUAUGGACAAUUUCUUCGCCAAUUUAGGAAAGUCCAAAGAGGUGGAACCCUCAAAGCCUGUGAAUGCAGGAAACAAGAGCGGGAGGAGAAAGUGGGAAACAGUGAAGAAAGUGGAAGACAGUUGGGGUGAUGAUUUUGAUUUGGAUGAAAGUCGAGGGUUCGGUGGUAGCAGUGCCAAGACAAAGAAGAUAGGAGGAUUGAAAACCAAGGCUUUACCUACAAUCGGAGCAGGAAAUGCAGUCGGGAAAAAGGCCUCGUUAGAUUGGGAUGAUGAUGAUGACUUUUUAGGGAGUCCACCUAAGCAUAGAGUAGGUCCUUUAUCAACAAGAAACCAACCUGGAGUGGCUAGGGUGGGACUAGAGUCUGGAAAAUCCUCUGCUUCAUCAGCUAAACAGUUCUAUAUGGGCAAGGCCAGAUAUGUACCAGGUAUGAAUGUGAAGAGUCCGAGGAAGGAAUCGGGCCAUGGUUUACCUGCUCUCAAAGGAGUAGCCUCAGGUAGCGCUCAUAGAACUAAAUUAAUAGGAUCUAAUUACGCAAGGAGACCAGAUAACAACUUUGGUGGCGGUGGAGGAGGGGGAGGGAGCUAUAUUCCAUCAUUUUCAUCCAAACCAGACAGCUCUACUAGAAUAGGAGGCUAUAAUGAACCAUGGAAGACAUCAAAAGCAGGAGUAACAAAUACAUUUGGAGCUGGAAGGAACAAUGGCUUAAGAGCACAACCUGUACAUGGAAGAACAGAUUGGGCAUCCAAGUAUGGAGGUGUGCGGUAAUAUUCAGCUGAAGUUCGAUCUAAAGAGUGCAAUCAAUCAAUUGAGGAUUAUAGAACAAGUUCAUCGUAUUAAAUAUUAAUGUUGGAGACAUGGCAGGAACAUCCAUGCGGUUUGUGGAAAUGAAAUCACUCAGAAGUGCAUUUGACAAGGGUUAGAUAUGUUAGGCUGCCAAGUUGUAGCAGUGCCACUGAAAGUGUGUACCGGUACUCUCAAUCUUAGGUCCACUCAUAAAUGUUCAUGUAUUGAUGAAUAUUCAUGGUGGUGUUUAAUUAAUGCGUAAAUUUGUAGCUUUUACAUUACACACCUUUCUCCGUACACUGACUCCUCACGUCUCGUUUAAGAAAUGUUCAAAUCAAUCUUGCAGUACUGGAGUUUGUAUCUUCUCAGUAUCACCUUGACUAGAGUUUAAUAUGUUGUAAUUAUAUAAAAAGUCUGCAGAUGCGAUCUCUUUUCAAUGUAAAAUUUUUCAAUAAAGCAAAGCAUAGCUUAAAUUUGUACAGUAUUUUGUCUGAUAAUCAUAGUUAAAUGUAGAUAUGCCUUGGGGUAUAUUGUUGAGUACGCUACAGUCAGGCUACAAGUUGCAGUACUUCACAGACUGUUUAUUCAUGAGAUACAUGUAGUAUAAACUUUUUUGUAAAUAUGUGCCUGUUGUCUAUUUCAAAUAAUUUCAAUAAUCAAGACUUUAAAUACAAAUUCAAAGAAAAAUAAAAACUGUAGAAAUAAAAUUGUAACUUUGCAGAAUCGCAACAAAUCAGCUUCAAUUAAUAUGGGCAGAAUUACCAUAUUCCUGUUCUAAAACUGUAAAUGGAUGAAAUACAAGUAUAAGUAUUAUCACCGAUAAGAUAUUUAUAGUAUUGUCACAUUUUUGUGAUUUUGAUGAGAAUAUGAGAAGAGAUGCUUUUUAAUCUUGUUUGUACUACAUGUAAGCUAUAUGAAUUUGGUUGAUUGCUCUGGUAUUCUUAUCUCAUGUAUAUGUACAGCUUGUCUGAUUUCCUAUUGCCUUAUUGAACUCUAAAAGUAGGUGCUUUAUAUUCUACAUACAAUGAGACCAGGAGAAGGGGGAGGGGGGGGGGGUGUGUUUAAGAAAGUUGUAAAGAAAAAUAGGAGCUAUGUUUUACAUAUACACUGUACAUACAAUGUGCAGGUAUAUAUCGUACACAUAGUUUCCUGCAUAAAAGUUACCAUUCUGGAAAAAUUUGCCAUCCAUUAUUAUUUCCUAUGGAAUCCUUGAUUUUGGUUGGCCGUUAGUAGUUACCGUUGGAUGGCAAAGUUUAUUUUUGGUAAAUUUUGUGCAACCGGGUCCAGGAGUCUGUUGCAAAAUGAGAUGUGUUUAUUCACAAGUAAGACUUAAAACAGAAAUUGAGUGCAAGUCCCAAAUGUGCACUUCUGGGUCCAAUCUUACAAAGAGAUGUGAUUGAUCAAAUCAACCACAACUAUGAAAAGCAAGCAACAUAAAAAAUGCAUGUUUCUUUAAAAUAUUUUCUAGAUUUGCUGUAUAUUCAUACAUGCAAUGUUUUAUUGAAAAUUCAGUGUGCUUCUCUUUGUUUACAAAGGACACUGCAAAUUUCCUGUAAAAAAAUUAUGACACUGAUGGAUUUCCAUACAUUUGAGAAUGAUCGGAUCAGUCGUAACUCUUUGUAAGAUGGGGCCCAGAUAGGUUGCAUAUCAAGUUGUGUAUGAUAUCUACAUUUGCAUUUUUGAUCCUGACCAUUUCUACAACAAGACUUACUUUUUAUUCUGAGUGAUGUUCAAGGAAAUUUCUGGAAUGGUGUCAUCUGUGUCAUUGCAGUACUCUGCCCAUGCCUUGAAUUAAGUAAGAAGAUAAAUCUUUGGUAAAAUGCCACAAUUUCACAAAGGAAUAAAAAUAUGUCACUCUCCUGGUAGUUUGGGCCCUCAAGUUACACAAAGGCUUGCAAUCGAUUGCAAACUGGCAAUGGCCAUUUGAGAUCAUUGUUUCAUUCUAUUUUUUUUCUGGGAAUGCAAACAUUAUUGUCAUGUGGCAUCACUGAUAUGAUUGAACACAAUGUCCUCUCUUACAUAGUCUCAGUAUUUUGCAUGAAAAAGGUCAUCACCUUGUUCGAACAUUUGCCAAAGCUGUAAAUCAAGAUAUAUGUUAUAAUGAUGUGUGUGCUCAAAAUUACUAAUAUGUACACUGUACAUGUAAAUGUGAUUUAAAAAAAAACUUUGAUGAAAGACGUAGAACAAAUGCAAACAGCCGCUUCAUAGCUUCAACGUAAGAUAUUUUUGUGCAGUCUUAUGAAAUUUGAACAUACUCUUAUUGCAUGAGACUUUUAUAUCACAAGCUGAUAUGAAUAUUUUUUCAUUCAUACCACUUUGUAUAUUUUCAAUUGAAAAGUUACUGGUAAUUAAAAAUUCAGAAUCUCUAUGUAUUUUUAUGCUUGGUAUGAUAUACAUAAUAUGUGUUAUUAAUGCAUUCUUUCCUUCAAUUGACAAAAAAAGGCAAGAAUGAAAGCAUUCUGAACUUGCAGUCUUAUAGAAUUCAUUUGAAUGCAUUUCUAUCCAAUCCUAGACUUUGAAAAGUACAUAGAUACAUGUAUAUUAAUUCUGAUUGGAUAAGAAAUGGGAAUUUGAUUGCAUUUACUAAUCAAUCACACAGCAGUGAGAAGUGAUAUACAAGUAUCAUGCAUUGAAUAUUUCUAUUUUACUGAUUUCUGUUUUAUCAGAUAUUCUGUAUAUUGUGGCAAAUGCUAAAAUGAAAAUGAAAGCAAAAAACAUUGUAUAUUCACAGCCUUGUUGAUUACCUCUGUAAUGUACAUACAUGUACAUAUACAGCAUUUUCUAGAUGGUUUAUUUACACUUUCUUGCUUUUAUACAUGUAUAUUUCAGUCAUUGCCUUUACUUCCAUCAAUUUAAAACUUCUGUGAAUGUAUCUAGCUUUUCUCUUCCAUGCUUAAUGCUUACCAGUGUCUUAUCAGUAUGUUUUGAUAGGAUUAAGAUAGUUAAAUGUAAACAAAUGGGUGUCAUUCUAUCAUGAUUAAUAAAAGGAUUUGGUGUUUGCUCCUGCAACGACACCUUACAUGAAAAAUUCAAAAAACAAAAACAAAAAAAAACCCACCUAAAUAAAAGCAGAUACAUAUAUUUGAAUUAACGCUCUCAAGCCAAAACGAGAAUACAGUUUUACAUUGUACAUUCAUAAGAAGACAAGACCACAGAAGCUAAACAAAAUAAUGACUACAUAAAUUCUGUGAACAUUUUAUUUUCUGUUGUUAGCAGUACCAGAGUUUUUCUUUCAUCCGGCAUUUGUUUGAAGACACCAGGUUUCAUUAGUUUACAUUCUAGCUCUGCAAGCUGCUGUGUUGUGAUGUAAGUCUUUAUAUUUCAACUGUAUUCAUUCUGGAAGUGAGAAACAUUUCACUUAGAGAGAAAAAAAAGCAAUACUUGAUGAAAUAUUUUGUAGCAUUUUGAUUUGUUGUCUUCUCAGCUCAUUCCCACCAUAUACUUGUACAUUACUGUACAUGAAUGUGAAAUUAGGAUGCUUUAUUGCAGAAGAAAAAAAAAUGUCAAGAGUCCAAUUAACUUUUGUUUUUAAUACAUGUAUAUUUGUAAUUAAUUUGGAGCAGUUCAGAAUUGUUUUCCUGCAUAAUCCUCUGAAAGUCAUUCGCUUUGGAGUAGAAAUUGUGAAAUCGUACUACAGCUUGCUCUACACCAGCCAAUCAAGUAAUAGGGAUCUGUAGCCUGUAUUGAUAAAAGGUUGAAAUAACAUUAUAUGAUUAUACAAUUAAAAUCAAUGAUUUGAAUAUGGGGGGCAAAAUGUUACACAAACUGAAUGCUCGAUUUAUUUGCAUUUUAUUUGCAUAGAUUUGUGAACCUAAAAAUGGUGAAAAAUAUGUACAGAACACGAAAUCGAUCUUCUUGCAUUCAGCUCCCCACAGUCAAGUUAUAAAUCUAAUAUGAAUGCUUUCACUUUUGAAAAUAUAUUUCAAACUUUGUUAUGAUUUGAUAGAUAGAGGUGACUUGUGGUUCCAAGUUUAAGCAUCGUCUAAUCUCAAUGUGGAAGAUGUCUCACUCUUUCUGUGUUAAUAUUUGAAGCGAUUACCCUGUUAAGCUGUUUUAAAUAAAAUUUUAUACUUUCAAAUGUUAAAAAUCAGCCUCUCAAUCUGGCCCCCAUUUCAUGAAACUUGUCAUCAAUCAUAAAUGAAAUGCUUAUGUUAAAAGCCACUGAAAUUGUGCCAAUCGAUUGGCCAAAAGCACAUUUGUCUUUUAAUUUCAGCUGGUGCAUUUGAUGACAUAUUUACUGAAACAGGACCCUAGGUUUUUACUAAUUAAAUUUCUUAGAAGUAUGAGUUUUACAAUUUGUAUUCAGAAACUGAAAUUUGUAAUUUUUUUUUAAAUUAACAAAUAUUUGUGUGUGGAAUUAUACUCAAGAAUCUGUAGACAAGCACUUUAAGUAAUUCUGUAUUUUAUUCAUGUUGGAAAAUACACCUUUGUACUGUGUCAAUGUUGAAAUUGAUCUGAAGGUUUUGAUAUCGAACAAUGAUAAGAGUACAUUACCAGAUAACCGUCUAAUGCGAUAGGGAGGGAUAUAUUUAUAGCUAUUGACAUGAAUGAUUAUUUGUUUGUCAGUAAAGAUUCUAUUGUAAGAUAUGAUUUUUAUAUCAUGUACAUUUAAAAUUGUAUAAAUAAUGAAUUUAAUAAAUUCUUAGACUUCAGAUGAAA